UAUUGUCCCACGCCCACGGAGGACUGAACCGAACCUGGUCAGAAGAGGUAGCCAAAUUCAUGAUCGCGUGAAUUGAUUUUGUCACAUAAUACCAUGAUUCAUGACUACAUCUGAAAUGGCCAAAAUUGAUGAUUAAAUUGCUUUUUGAAAAGGUGAUAACAACUACUACUGCACAAUCACUGAUUCUUUGUGCAUUCUAAAAAGGUGUGAGAGGGUUUCUCGUCUCUGAGCGAGUUAGCCUAGUCGGAUCAAUUUCAAUUCGAUUCAGGGGGGUUGAUUCUCUCCGUUGUCUUCGAUCCUCUCUUCUGCAGAGAAAUCGGGCUUGGUUGAGCAUGGCUGAAGCUGCAACAGUUGUUCCCGGUGAUAAUGCUUUGGAAUGGGCACAGAAGGAUAAGCGCCGUUUCCUUCAUGUUGUGUAUCGAGUCGGCGAUCUUGAUCGUACCAUUAAGUUUUACACAGAAUGCUUUGGCAUGCAACUCUUGAGGAAAAGGGACAUUCCGGAGGAAAAAUACUCCAAUGCAUUUCUUGGGUUCGGCCCUGAAGAUUCCCAUUUUGUAGUAGAAUUGACAUACAACUAUGGAGUAGACAAGUAUGAUAUUGGAACUGGCUUUGGACAUUUUGCAAUUGCAACUCAAGAUGUCUACAAAUUGGUUGAAGACAUACGGGCCAAGGGUGGCAAUAUCACACGUGAACCUGGUCCUGUUAAAGGUGGGAAUACAGUAAUUGCUUUCGUGAAGGACCCAGAUGGUUAUACUUUUGAGCUCAUUCAAAGAGGCCCAACUCCUGAACCAUUGUGUCAGGUUAUGCUUCGCGUUGGAGAUCUAGAUCGCUCCAUCAAGUUUUAUGAAAAGGCAUUGGGUAUGAAACUACUAAAGAAGACUGAUAGACCUGAACAGAAGUAUACUAUUGCAAUGAUGGGAUAUGCAGAUGAAUACGAGACAACUGUUCUGGAGUUGACUUAUAAUUAUGGUGUGACUGAGUACACCAAAGGAACUGCAUAUGCACAGGUUGCUAUUAGUACUGAGGAUGUAUAUAAAAGUGGCGAGGUUAUUAACUUGGUUACCCAAGAGCUAGGAGGGAAGAUAACUCGACAACCAGGACCCCUCCCUGGUAUCAACACCAAGAUUACCUCUUUCCUUGAUCCUGAUGGCUGGAAAACGGUUUUGGUUGAUAACGAGGAUUUUCUGAAGGAGCUUCAAAAGGAAGAGUAAUAAUGGUUGAAAGAAAAACGUUUGUCAUUUAGGUGAUCUUUCAGUUUAUAAUUUCUUCUACUCUAAACUAGAAUGAAUAAAAUAGUGUACUCUACAUCCAUAAAAUAGUAUUUUUAUCCCAGUAUGGUUGUCUGUGUAAAAGGGGUCAUUGCUUGUAAUGGAAAAAUCUCGGGCUGAGUGUGAAAAUGCGGGUACAAGUCUGGCAUUAUAGCUGGGACCAAAAUUGGGUAAUGGCCCUUUUUUUUUCAUGGUUGUCUGUGUAAAAUGUUAAGUCUGUUGCAUUUUAUCAAAACAAAAUGUUGGUAUUGUUAUAAGCUGCUAAGUACUAUUUGAUCUAUGAUAAAUGAUACUCCAACCUUUUAGAGAAGAAA